ACUACCGAGGAGCAUGCGGAGCAGUGUUAGCGACGCGGCUAUAACGCUCCUCUGUUUGAGGAGCAGCUAUUUCCUGGUUUGACGGGCAGCCAUUUUGAGUUCAAGACGAGUAGCUUUGGGUUUGUGGGGGAGUAGCUAGAGUGCUAGUUACUUUUUUUUUUUAUUGAAUAAAGCGGUGAGCGCCUUCGGUUGUGCGCAGCGAAGAAGGAGCCGGUUUCACGCGAGGAAGGGGUUUACUGUGAGAUGUCAACAAUGAAUCCCGAGUAUGAUUAUUUAUUCAAGCUCCUCCUGAUCGGCGACUCCGGCGUUGGAAAGUCUUGCCUUCUCCUCCGAUUUGCAGACGACACGUAUACAGAAAGCUACAUUAGCACUAUUGGGGUGGACUUCAAAAUCAGAACUAUAGAAUUAGAUGGAAAGACUAUCAAACUUCAGAUUUGGGACACGGCGGGCCAGGAGAGGUUUCGAACAAUCACCUCGAGUUACUACAGGGGAGCCCAUGGCAUUAUCGUAGUUUACGACGUUACAGACCAGGAGUCCUUCAAUAAUGUCAAACAGUGGCUACAGGAGAUCGACCGUUACGCCAGUGAAAAUGUCAACAAGUUGUUGGUAGGGAACAAGUGCGAUCUGACAACGAAGAAAGUCGUGGAUUAUACAACGGCAAAGGAGUUUGCGGACUCCCUAGGCAUCCCCUUCCUGGAGACCAGUGCCAAGAACGCCACCAACGUGGAGCAGGCCUUCAUGACCAUGGCUGCAGAGAUCAAGAAACGCAUGGGCCCCGGGGCCACUGCCGGCGGCUCCGAGAAGUCCAACGUCAAGAUCCAGAGCACCCCAGUGAAGCCUUCCUCUGGAGGCUGCUGUUGAGGCCUCCUGAGGCCCCACCCCCCAAGCCUCCUCCCAGAGUCUGUAACCUAACACGCCCAAGGGCCCCAGAAGGCCCGACAGAGAGCCAGAGAGAUAAAUAUUAAAAGUUGCCUGAGUUGUACUGUACAUAGCCGCACUUCAGGGGGAAAAAAAAAAUUCAAUUCUUACCUUCGGGGGAAAAAAGAUACAAAAUCAACAAGGUCAGCAGUCUGACAAGUCAGUUCACAGCCUCUCCCCGCCACAUCCACCUCGUGUUCAGAAAGGCCGACGCUGCCGCCCUCCCACAGCCGUGUGCAGCCCUCUGCGUGUGCAGGUUUAUGAAUAUUUUGUAUGAACCUCGCCACAUUCCUACACAGGGCUGCUCUGUGGUCAGUUUCUUUCCUCUUUCUUUAAUCAGUUUUUGUUGUUUAUAUCAGCAUGUGUAGAAGUUUUUUCUGUCCUCUCCAGACGAAGUGUUUCAGCCAGCAGCGCGAGUGUUUCAUAGUCCACCAUCUAAUGUUUAGUGGAGUACAGUAUAUAUGUAAUAUAUAUGUAACAUAUAUAUAUAUAUAUUAUGUAUAUAUGCAGGAUCUGAUUUGCUAAUUCUGUAGAACAUUACUUGGGAAAAAUAAUACAUUACCUGAAAAUAGUUAUUUGAUCAUCUCUGCAUAUAAUUUGUGGCUGAAGACAUUGUAAUUUUGUUGCAUAAUAUGUAACAAAUGGAGGAACUGUUCAAUAAAUAUUGUACCACCAGACUGUAUGAUAUAAAAAUUGUCUGCGAUUCUUAGUGGCAUAUGUAGAAUACAUUGCGUGUUUUAAUUAUUUAUUCUACAUUUAUAUGGCAGAUAUCUUGUAUCAGUAAUUUAGACUCUGUCUACAGUUUGGCCAUCACCUGUGGAAUACCUGAUUGCGAGUUGCAGUGUCAGAAUUGCAUAUAUGAAACACUAUGUUCUUUUUCAUAAUAAAGGCAACUGGAUUCAGUUUUAAAA